GGUCACUUACUUCGUCACUACCUUAGCUUCUUUACAUAUAUGUACCUAGAGGCUAGAGCUAUGUACCUAACCAACCUCGAAUCUUGGCGAAACCGGAACAUGUACUCCCCAUGACUUAUUAGUCCCCAAAAAGUCCAGCAGUAACAUGUGAGGUAGCUUAAAGCUCCAAAAUACGAACCCCCUCCAAAAAAAAGGAGAACACCUCUUUCUCUGUUUCUUGGUUGCUUCUUUUUUUUUCUGUGUACCCUUUUCAAAACGUUGCAUUGUUCACUCUGGCAUGGAAUCGUCGGCAUGUUACCAUUCGCGGUGCAAGAUGCCACCAAAGCCUUGCGGUUGACCUCCCGCCCAAGAGCUUCGAUCAUGACGGCUCGAGUCCCCGUUUCGCUGUUACCCGCCUCAAGAUUGAUAACCCACCGUAACGAUUCCAGUAUAAAAAGCAAGCGGUGGUCGCACACAGCGAAAUGGAGGCCGGUCCAGAUUUUAGAUGAAUGGGUCGUAAAGGAAGCUCGUCCUAUUAGCUUGCGACAAUUGAUGGUAUUUGGCCGGUCGUUGACUGAGGCGCGACUGAUCAGCUCCGCGAAUUAUGUUCGCACCGAACUCCCCACGAGAAUCGCUCACCGGAUUCGCGAUAUGCAACGCUUACCUUAUAUAAUUGUCACGAAUCCGCAAAUUAGUGAUGUGUAUGAACUUUACUAUACCGCAUUCGACACCUUCCGGCGCAUUAGAGAGGUCAAGACGCUCGAGGACAAUGACCACCUUUGUAAGGAGAUAGCUAAGAUGUUGCGCGCCCACUUGACUGUGAUUCCGAAAUUGGCUAUGGGUAUACUCGAGUGUAGUGGGUUAAUGCCUGCUUCUGAGCUGGAUCACUUCAUGAACACUAUCUUACGAUCAAGAAUAUCACGUAGAGUUAUCGCAGAACAACACCUCGCUCUAACCGAGACCUUCAACUCGCAUUGGUUCUCACCCGGAGCUAAGCUCUCCGAGUCCGAGUUCAUAGGCGAGGUAUUCAUUAAGUGUGUAGCCAAAGACGUAAUUGAGCACUGCGCCAAAGCUGUGCAAGACCUCGCCCGUUCCGCCAAUGGACCAGAUACUAAGAUUCCCGAGAUCAGAAUCAACGGACACAUGGAGUCCUCCUUCCCAUACAUCCUAAGCCACUUAGAGUAUAUCAUAGGCGAGCUUCUUCGAAACUCUGUCCAAGCUGUCAUUGAAAAGCAUCAGAAGAGUAAAGACCCCACUUCAAACCCGCCGCCCAUCGAGGUCACCCUGUGCGAGGCGCCGCAGCACGUCAUUAUUCGUAUCUCGGACCAAGGUGGUGGCAUCCCGCGCGAUAUUCUCCCGUAUCUAUGGUCUUUCGGUAAAGGGCCCCUGAAAAACCAACGCCUCGAGAACCUUGGGCAAGUACCGCUUAUGGCAGCUACGCUACAGGAGCUCAAGGUCAACGACGGCAAGUUGACGGGCCUGCAGAGCGAGCGUUCAGGCCGUGAUAGCUCGCUCUCUUCGCUGGCUACUAGACCGCCCAAUCUCCGCCUUGGUAUGGGCCUCCCAUUAAGCCGUGUCUAUGCCGAAUACUGGGCUGGAAGCCUGGAGUUACAUAGUUUAGAAGGGUACGGCGUAGAUGCCUUUCUGCAGAUUUCAAAGCUGGGGAAUAAGAACGAACAGCUAGCCACAAGAGCAGCAAUGGAUGCUGUUUAGUAGAGGGAAAUUUGCUAAGAUGCUUUGGUUGUAGGAUUGCGGAGAAGAGAUGACUGGGAUGUAAUUAUAUCGGUUUUGAUCGAUGAGCUGAUUUGUAGCGUCAAAGAUGCCAUAGCGUUUAGUUAACCAGGUUUAAAAGUGAGCGAGCGGAUGGGGUUCACGAGGUAUAUAUGAAGA